UAUCGAUACUAUCGUUAGUGCCAUCGAUAGUUUGACAACUCUACCUGCUAUAGAAACAGCUGUAGUUGGUGGAUAUUUUCUAUAUGGUUUAGUUAAAAAUUAAAUAAUGAAAAUAUAAAGGCUUAAGAAAAUAAACAAUAAUUUUAUUAGCAUUGAGUUUCUGACACAAAAUUACAUAACUUGCUUUUAUAAAGUUGCAGUGCGCUUGCUUACGAGCAGAUACAUAUUCAUGUUCUGAAAUUUGAUAUUGAUUUGAUUUCGAUUCUAAAACUAGACAAAAUUUGCCAUAGUUGUAUCAGAGCCUCAUGCAUUUGUAACAUCUUAAUAAAAGAAAAAAAAACCAAGAAAAUUGGGAGGCAAAAUUUUGCGAAGUGUUCAACUCUCAAAAUUUCAAAGCUGUUUCCCCGGAUUCGCGUCGCCUUCACAAGGCUUUUUGAUAAAAUGUCUGAUGUACAAGUAUUUCCGGAUAACAAUAGCGUUGCUUUGCCACAUAUAAAACCCCUACGUUUAGAAGAUAUACCCAUCCUCAACAACGAAAAUUGUAAAAUCAAAGAUAGGCAACGAGUUGAAAAAACUCUAAACGAAUUCGUGGCGGGUGGCCAUGAAAGGUUACAAGUAGUUUCGGAUUUUGAUUAUACCAUUACAAAGCAGCGGACUGCCAAUGGAACAUCCGUACCGAGUAGCUUUAAUAUUUUUGAGGAGUGUAAAUCGCUUCCUGUGAACUUCGUGAAAGAAGCUCGUGAGUUACAUGAUACAUACCGGCCGAUAGAGGUGAAUCCGCACAUACCACUGGAAGAAAAAGCGCAAGCUAUGAUUGAAUGGUGGACCAAGUCGGGUAAAAAUUUGAUGGGUUUCGCUUUUGAUUUGAAUGAAAUUGAUGAAAUUACAAAGAAAUAUGCCCAUUCGGUUCGUAAUAAUACACAAGAACUAUUUUGGUAUUUAAAUGAACUCAAUAUCCCAGUACUUGUAUUCUCUGCUGGAUUGGGAAAUUGUGUUAUUGCUAUGCUUCGACAAGCAGGAAUCCUUUAUCCCAACGUGAAGGUUAUCUCGAAUUUUCUCCAAUUUAAAGAUGGAAUGCUAAACGGAUUCCAGGAGCCAAUAAUCCAUACUUUUAAUAAAAAUGAAACAAUGCUGGAAGGGAGUGACUACUACGAUUUGGUUCACAAUCGAGAUCACAUCUUACUCAUGGGUGAUACAUUGGCUGAUUCUGGUAUGGCAGAUGGUGUUCCUGCAUCGUCCCAUGUAAUAAAAAUUGGCUUCCUCUUUCACCAUGUUCAGGAAAAUAUGGAGCAAUAUAUGAACACUUUUGAUAUUGUUUUAGUUGACGAUCAAACAAUGGACGUGCCACUAACGCUGUUAAAACUCAUCAAAGGAGAUCCUCUGUCGUGCGAUUAGGCUUGAAUUCGUUAUCGUAUACAAUUAUCUAAUAUGUUUUAAAACAACAUAACUGACUUGACGAAUGAAAUUACAUAGACGUAAUAUGUAUAGUUAUCGGCAUUAUCGUGGAUUCCAUGUGACCAAAUAUGCCCGGAAACUAUAAAGCAAAACAAAAACCAUUUUUACCAA